AUGGCUGUUCCGGUGAAAGAAAUCAGCGAUAGUAACGGAGUCAGUCGAGAAGAAUUUUCCCUCAACCAAUUGUCGCUGCCUCUUACGGUUGAAGAACCCUCGCCGGAGGUUUCGAUAAACGUGAAAUCGCCGUCGGAGGUUCAUUCUACACCGCCGAGGAUGACCGAUUCAGUUCGGAUUUCAAAUCCGCCGGAGGAAAAACAACGAAGAGAAGGUAUCGAAGCUGCUGAAGCUUUAAUGGCGGCAUCUCGAGCGAAUGUGAAUCGAAACAUCAAGGAAACUUGUGUGUGUGAGGAAUCCGCUGAGACUGUACCAAUGGUGAUCCAUUCACGUAGGACGCUGCUGAAUUCUUCUCAAGUGAAUGAUAAACUCAUCGAUACAUUCUGCGACACAACUGGUGGAGCCACUCGAGCAGAAGCAACCGCUUGCCUUAAUCUCUGCAAUUGGGAUGUAGGCCUAGCCGUCAACUAUUUCUUUGACCAUCCCUCCUCGCAUGGUGGGUUCUCAGAGGAAGAAACGCUCGCGGUGGUGGAAAUGAAUUGGCAGGAGAACAGUGGAAAUCAAGGUCACUCGAAAGAAGGCGAAAUCGGGAACUCUUCUAGUUCGGUUCAUGCGGACUCGACCAAGACGGGAAGGCCAUCUAACGAAGCUGGUCUAGUAAAUGUCCCUGUAGCUGUUUCUGGAAUUGCGACGUCUCAAGUGGUUGAAAAUUGGAAGCCUGAGGCUGUUGACGAAGAUCCAAGCACGUUGACAGGUCCUGAUCCUUUGGCCACCAAAGACAGGGUCAUUGUGGGGUCUCGAGCUGGGCCGGUUAUCACCGAGAUAACAUUACAAGUCUUAUUGCCCGAUGGUAGGAAUGGGAAAGAGGAGUUCAUGACUUUUAGAUCAGACCAAACCGUCAGAGACAUCCGCAAUAGGAUUCAAGAGUUGAGACCAGAUUGCAACAGAGACUACUACUUGACGUCUGUGGAAGGGGAGAUAUACAAUGCUUUGAAUACAACUGUACAGAGAAUUCAUUCUCGUGGUGCAACAAAGCUCCUCAAGGUCUUCUCCGAUUCGUAG